GUCGCCAUGGGGAACUGCUGCGAGGCCAUGUGCAAUGUCCGGAAGAACACCAAUGUGCGGGUUAGUCUGCCCGUGGUCUGCUUCGUGUGGCAGAUUGCUAUGGUCAUCCUCUUUGGAGUGUUCAUCCGCUAUGAUGAUGAGUCAGACGCUCACUGGGAGGAAUUCAAAGAGAAGAACAACAUCACAAGCGAUAUUGAAAAUGACUUCUAUUUCAGAUAUCCCAGUUUCCAGGACGUCCAUGUCAUGAUCUUUGUUGGAUUCGGUUUCCUGAUGACCUUCCUGAAACGUUACAGUUUCGGAGGAGUGGGCUUCAACUUCCUGAUUGCCGCCUUUGGCCUGCAGUGGGCUCUUCUCAUGCAGGGCUGGUUCCACGCCCUUGACCCCAAGACUGGAAAAAUCACCAUUGGAGUGGAAAGUUUGAUCAAUGCUGACUUCUGCUGCGCCGGCUCUCUGAUUGCCUACGGUGCCCUGCUGGGUAAAGUCAGCCCUGUCCAGACGCUGGUUUUCACCUUGUUCGGUGUCACACUCUUCGCUGUGGAGGAAUACAUCAUCCUCGACCUCCUACAUUGCAGAGAUGCUGGUGGCUCCAUGGUGAUCCACGCCUUCGGGGGAUAUUACGGUCUGGCCAUCUCCUGGGUUCUGUACCGACCGAAACUUAACCUAAGCAAGCGCCUGAACGGAUCCGUGUACCACUCGGAUGUGUUCGCCAUGAUCGGUACAUUGUUCCUGUGGAUGUUCUGGCCCAGUUUCAACUCAGCCAUCACGGACCACGGCGCCGGUCAGCACAGGACGGCCAUCAACACUUACAUCGCCCUGGCGUCGUCCGUCCUCACCGCUGUCGCCAUAUCCAGCAUGUCCCAAAAGAGAGGCAAACUGGACAUGGUGCAUAUACAGAAUGCCACCUUGGCUGGCGGAGUUGCCAUGGGAACUGCAGCUGAGUUCAUGAUCAUGCCCUACGGCGCACUCAUUGUGGGCUUCCUCACUGGCAUCAUCUCCACUUUCGGCUACCUUUUUGUCACGCCCUUUUUGGAAAAGUACCUAAAGCUUCAAGACACAUGUGGUGUCCACAAUCUGCAUGCAGUCCCGGGCAUGCUUGGCGGGUUUACUGGUGCAAUUGUGGCUGCCGCCGCCACUGAAAGUGUCUACAGCCAACAGGGACUGAUCGACACCUUUGACUUUGAAGGCAAGUUUAAGAACAGGUCUGUGGGCACGCAGGGAGGCUUCCAGGCUGCUGGCACAUGCGUGGCUAUCGCCUUUGGGCUCGUGGGAGGAGCACUUGUUGGUCUCAUUCUCAGGAUCCCAAUCUGGGGCGACCCUGCUGAUGACAACUGCUUCGACGAUGAAGUCUACUGGGAGUUGCCCGAGGAAGAGGAGAGCAUUCCUCCAGUGUUGGAGUACAACAACCACAUGAUCACCAAGCACCAGGACCUAUCUGAGUCCAACUUCUCCGUGGAGCAAAGCUAGUCUCACAGUGGACAAGCCCCUUGGACUUGACAGAGCAAUCAACAAAUUGUAUCAAUAAGCAUGGACACUUAAAAUUGCUUCAGAAUAAGGAACACCGGACAGAGGAAAGCAUAACGUGUGCAAUUUGAUUUUGGAUUUAAAUUAUAAUGAGUCCUAUAAAUGGUAUGUGUUGGAAAUAGUUUGUGUGUGUGUUUGUGUAUUCGUGUAUAUGUGUGUGAUGUGCAGAAUGAACUUGUUGCAAACACCUCUUCUCCUUUAUGACGGUGACAAAAGGUUUGAAGUCUUUUGUGUCGUGCGUCCAUCGAAAGAUAUUUGUUGACAAUAUUAAAUGCAUUUGUGAACUGUAGCUUGUGUUCCUUUUAAAAUGAACUGAAGGUGUUUAUAAGAAGUGUGUAUAUAAGAGUCUAAUUGUUUCUUGCCGCAUGCCUGACCUGUUAAGGUGACAAAAGUUUUAGUGACUAUGACACAGUAGGUUGCUCAAUUACUGUAAUAUUGUAUAUUUUUGUUUCUGUUCUCGAAUCAUAUGUAAAUGCAAAUUAAAGACAUCAAGUGAUUUUGUUUA